UUAGUUAACAGUGGAUAAAUGGUUGAAAGAGACAAAUAAGGAAGGAUAAACGGUUGUACAUUUUAGAAAAUGGGUAAAUGGUUAAAACAGCCUCAUGAUAAAGGACAUACAGUAUAACGUGUUACUUAAUAAGGGAUGAACAGUUGUAAAUGUUGAAUAAAAACAAUAAAUAACGAAACAGUUCAAAGUCAAUGUAUUGCUUAACGUUAACCAUGUCAAAUGGUUAGAAUGACAAACAUUAGCAAGUGUUUGAAAUGUUUAUACAUAUUAAGAUAAUAGUAAAAUUAUUUUUGUUAUUUUACACGCACAAAAACAAAACUUUAUAAGAGGUUUAUAACCAGUUCAUAAACAGUCUCCUGACACGUAAUUAUUAAACUACUGAGGUGUGGCCCACCUCGUCUAGCUUUAGGACCCAGUCAGACUCACGUCAAACCUCCUUGGCCAAUGAAACCUCCCUUAUUUACAGGACACAUUGUUGCUUCCUGCAUUCUGCAUCUGCGAUGAAAGAUAUACUAAACAUUAUCACUGAAGGUAGACAAAGCAUUUCCCUCUUCUGGUUCUGAGUCUCCCCACGUCCCCUCGGUUUCUGAUUGUUGUGUGUGGGGGCUGAUUCAUGUACACGAGUGGCAACACAUAAAUGCAGCUGUUUCAGACAUUUGUAACAACAUGUCAGAUUUAAGAUUUAAUUCAAUCUCUAACGUUAACUAAUUUAUCUCACAUCCGUUGAAGCUCCAGUCUGAAGGACACAGCUGCAGGAGUAUUUCCUGAAAAGACAGAAGUGCUGUCGAACAGGAUGUGCAUCACUUUUCAGAGGCGGUAGUGACACAUAGCUAGCUUUCACAAAAAGAGUGUGCUGUUGUUGAGUAUUGGCACUGAUCUUGAGUCAGGGAAAAGUAAAUGUAUUUAGAAAAUGUUUUCCACUGGUACAUUUGAAUAUAUUCAAACUGAACAAAGAGGAACCACAUUCCCUCAACAUCUAUAUAGGACAUUAUGCAAUCUGUUCAAAUCGUUUAGUGCAACUUCCUGAUUUUGUCAGUUAGAUGUGAUAUUUAGUGACUGAUUGUACUUACACGUAGGUAUUAUCUUCCAUGACGUAUAAGUAUUUUAUAAAGGAAACACAUCAAACAGAUGAAGAGUAAUAUGUAAAGAGGCAUGUAAACAGGGUUUUUUUAAAAGAGUAACAUCACACAAAAAAAAAUCCUCUCCUAUUUUGUCAAAAAAAAGUUUAAAACAACCAGAAAUGUCGUUACCUCGUGAAUGUAUAUAUAGAUAUUGUGUGUAGCUGAUUAAAUAACAUACCAACAAUAAAAAAUACCAUUUAAGUGUUGGUUAUAUUAGACUUCUUUAUCACAUUGAUUAUUUCGUCUAAAACGUUAAAUCCACAAACUGAAACCAUCUAAUGCAUCAGUGCAAUAUCUUCCUUUAAAAUGUACGUGCAAAUCAGCCAAAAAUGAGAAAUACUCAAGUUAAGCGCCACAAAAUUGUGCUUACGGACUUAGUUUCUUAAAUCAUGGAAAAACCAUGGCUGCACAGCCACUCCGCGUAUGAUUUUAUAUCUCCAUAUCUGUAUUCCCACCACGCCUGCACACUCACAGACGGCCCGCCGGAUGUUAUGAGGUGAGCGAGGUAAAAAUAGCUCUGACUUGUCGUUAGCAGUGACCAAGCCCCUCUCCGCUUGGCUCUGUCAAUCAAAGGCCGAAACAAGAUGGCAGGCAGCCGGAGCUGGGUCUUCUUUCUCACAGGCGAGUUUUAUUCUUAAAAACAACUUAACUUUGUGUAUAAUGACAUCCCUGGAUAGCUUCUUUUUUCAGUAUCUGUUGUUGGCAACAUUCGGGCCAUGAAUCAGAGGAUUGUGUGACAUCAUUCUUCAGUAUCCAGCAUCAGAAGUUUGUGUGUUGUCAAAUUUCAAUGUCACGUUUAAAAUCCUUUUGGCGUGUUCUUGACACAGUUUGCGCGGUCACCUUGUGUGAGGCCAAUGCAGAGAGCAAAGUCACCAUCCCCGUGGGGAGGUUCUUCACAUAUGAGCUGCUCAGAGAGACUUUCCAGAACGACUUUGAGCCUUUGUCUAAGCUCUACAGUGGGUACUUGUACGAUGACCCCAUGAUUUUUAAGUGCAACCGGCAGAAUUACCCAGACCUCCCAGAGUGGCUGCGCUUCACCCAGAGGCAUCCCUACGAUAAUGGCUUUCUAUACGGCACGCCGACAUCUCCUGGAAAAAGUGUAAUUGAGAUCUACGCCAUCAACAAACGGAGCUAUGAAGCAACCAGACUCAUACUCGUUAUCAAAGCCACAGCGGAGAAGAUGCUGCCCUUCCAAGCAGAGUUCUUCCUCAAGCUGAGGGAGAUUGAGAAGGUGCUGCCCUCUUCUGUCCAGGACGAGAUAAAGCAGGACGUACAGAACAUGUGGGACGCCGAGGCCUUGGAAAUCGUCAAUGUCACCAGCGCCCUCGACCGCGGCGGCAGAGUUCCCCUCCCCCUGCCGGGACACUUUGAAGGUGUGUACGUGAAGGUGGGGUCGGAGCAGUACUUCUCACAUUGUCUGCUGAGUGUGAAGACAACAGAGCAUCAAAAGCAGUGCAGAGAAGGGGACACGGUCAAGGCCCCAAAAGGCUGCGAAUUCUGCAGCAUUCCCGCCAACUGCAUCACCUGGUGCCAGACGCAGCUGUUUGAUCUGACGAAGAGGAAGCCGGUUCCUCCUCCUCCCACCGUGGGUUCGGGGAUCCUGGAGGACGGCGGCGACUUCAGCCCCCCCGAGUCUCCUCCGAGCAGAGACUUCUUCCCGGACUACAUCGUGACGGUGAUCGUGCCCCUGGUGCUCGCCAUCGUCCUCUGUCUGCUGCUGGCCUACAUCAUGUUUGGAAGACGAGAGGGAGUUGCAAAAAGGAAUGCAAGAACAAACCAAAUUCAGCUGUACCACCACCACACUAUUCACGGGAACGCCGACGAGCUGAGGAACAUGGCCGGAGACCGCGGCGCUCCUCCACCUCUGUCCACGCGGUCCAUGUUCAACAGCCGGACCGGAGACAGAGCUUCACCGCUGCAGUCGGACAGCCCCAGCAUCCCCCUCAUCAUGGCCCAGCAUGAUCCGUACUGUGACACGCUGCCCAGGAAAUGAAAUGAAAUGAAGAGUCAUUCAUCCAGCUUUUGGUUCUAUAUUUGCAGUGAGAUGUAUCUUAUUUGAUCUUUCGUGCCAUUAGAAUAGAAUAAAAGUUGUUUGUUUCUUUGUUAUUUGCCAUUCAUAAUAUGAUAUAUUCCAUCGUUUGCUACCAAUAAAAAAAUACUAAAAGCCA